AUGAUGAUGUUCCACAAUUGCAGAAUCAAUAACUAUUUAAUAACUUCUCAAAUUGGAGAAGGCGCGUACGGUCUGGUCUACCAUGCCGUAGAUAUUCGUACCGAUAAGGAAUACGCUAUCAAAGCAGUAGUUCAAAGUUACAGCGUUACGAAGGAAGCCGAUAUUGGCGAUGACAAAAUACACAAGAAUAGCGCCAAAUUGCAAAAGAGACUCGGUAAACUCUUCAAGGAAUCGAAAAACAUUGUCAGAAUACCCUCUAUAGAUCUUGAAUCGAUUGAGAAUAUGUCAGAGGAAGAUUUUAAAAAACUGCCUCACUAUAAAGAGAUUUCGUUACAUCUAAGAGUCCAUCGUCAUAAAAAUAUUGUCACCAUACAUGAGGUACUGCAAUCGGCAAUCUGCACGUUCAUUGUCAUGGAUUAUUACCCCACGGAUCUAUUCACGUCUAUUGUAGAUAACAGACAUUUCGUCACUAAUGGUUUGCUAGUGAAAAAGGUCAUUCUACAAAUUUGCUCCGCUCUUAGUUAUUGCCACGACCACGGCAUCUAUCACUGUGAUAUCAAGCCUGAAAAUUUGCUACUGGAUGCGGAUGACAACGUUUUCCUUUGCGAUUUUGGCCUGUCCACUACUUCUGCAUACAUAAAGCCAAAUGUCUGUAUUGGCAGCUCAUAUUAUAUGCCCCCUGAAAGAAUCUCAUUCGAUAAUGGGAGAUUGUCCAGCUCUAAGAGUGGAGGUCGUAAAUUGGGAAAAGUUUGUGCCUCAUGCAACGGCGAUUUGUGGUCAUUAGGUAUCAUCCUUAUCAACUUGACAUGCAUCAGAAACCCCUGGCUGAAGGCCGACAAAGCUGAGGAUAACACCUACUAUUAUUUCACCAAAGACCCCAAUAUAUUAAAGCAAAUCCUACCCCUUUCCGAUGACUUUUACUCAUUAGUAACCAAGAUUUUACAAGUGAAUCCCAAGAAUAGAAUAAGCUUGCAAGAAGUGAUGAAAGAAGUUAGUUCUAUCACAAGCUUCACCAAUGAAGGCCCGUUAUCAAAAGUACCCCCUCUUUCCAAAUCUGUUUAUGAAAAGUUCACCAGUCCCGUCGACAACACGAGUAGAAAUUCGCCAGAAAAUCAAUACACGCAUGUGCCCAAUAGUAAGGUCGGCAAGAAUCUAUCUUAUACGUCUUCAAGUGAGGAGGAGGAUGGAGUCAAAGAAGAAGAAAAUGACGAUGAUAAUGGCAGUCGCAGUGGCAGUCUCGGAACGCUAGACACAGACACUGGAUUGCAAUCUUCAUUCACGAGCACUUCCUGCGAGUCCGAUAACGAAUGCUCCAAGAUUUCGAGUAAGUUUUCUUUGUUUGAAAAAAAAUUCAAUGAACUUCGUAUGAGUUCCUCUUCUUUAACCAACUAG